CCUCAUAGAGUUCAAGGGUAGAGGUCAGAAGAGUGAUGACGCGGAGGGGUGGGGCCAGUGUGCGCGGUGGCAGCUGGGUAGUGUGGAAGAGGCCGCUGAUUGCGUUCCAGUGCACGUGCAGUAGAUAUGAGCAAAGGGAGCGCCUGGGGUAGGCCGGUCACGGCACCUGCCUGUAUGGAGGUCCAGAUAGGAGCUGUGAGGUACCGGAGAGAUGGAGCUCUUCUUCUGGCAGCAUCUAGCCUGAGCAGCCGCACAUGGGGUGGUUCCAUAUGGGUAUUUAAAGACCCCGAAGGGGCUCCUAAUGAGAGCCUGUGUACAGCUGGGGUCCAGACUGAAGCUGGUGUGACAGAUGUUGCUUGGGUAUCAGAAAAAGGAAUCCUCGUGGCAUCAGAUUCUGGUGCUGUGGAACUGUGGGAAAUUUUGGAGAAAGAGUCCUUGCUGGUCAAUAAAUUUGCUAAAUACGAGCAUGAUGACAUUGUAAAAACCUUGAGUGUAUUUUCUGAUGGCGCACAGGCUGUUAGUGGAGGCAAAGAUUUCAGUGUUAAAGUCUGGGACCUUUCCCAAAAAGCUGUUCUGAAGUCAUACAAUGCACAUUCGAGUGAAGUAAACUGUGUAGCAGCUUGCCCUGGAAAAGACACAAUAUUUUUAUCAUGUGGGGAGGAUGGAAGGAUUUUACUAUGGGAUACCAGAAAGCCUAAGCCUGCUACUAGAAUUGACUUUUGUGCCUCAGACACCAUUCCUACCUCUGUGACGUGGCAUCCGGAAAAAGAUGAUACCUUCGCUUGUGGUGAUGAAACUGGGAAUGUAUCCUUGGUAAAUAUAAAGAAUCCGGACUCUGCUCAAACAUCGGCUGUGCAUUCCCAGAACAUCACAGGGCUGGCAUACUCGUAUCACAGUUCACCUUUCCUGGCAUCCAUAAGUGAAGAUUGCACUGUGGCCGUCCUUGACGCUGACUUUUCAGAAGUAUUCCGUGACCUUUCUCAUCGAGAUUUUGUGACCGGUGUGGCCUGGUCACCCCUGGAUCAUUCUAAAUUCACUACAGUUGGGUGGGACCAUAAAGUUCUUCAUCAUCAUCUGCCUUCAGAGGGCAGGACGGAGAACCUGAUUGCGACAAAAGCGGAAGAUUGAUAUCUCCAAAUCAUAAUGUACAGGCUCGGAGUCAGCUAAUGCUGUGCAUUAAUUGGAGGAGCUGAAGAUUAUUUGUGUGCAGUCCAAAUAGCUGUUGCAGUUAGACCCUGAAGGCUUGAAAGGCAUUGGGGAGUUUCAUGUUCCGUUCAACAAUGAUUCAGAAAUUGUGUUUUCAAUAUGCACUUAUCAGAAGUUCUGACUUUACUAUGGUUACUUUUGUAAUGUGACUUAAAGAUUUAAUUUAACUUC